UCCGAGGCGACGAAACGCAGCGACUGGCAUCCGCGCCGGAGAGGAUCGAGGAGCCGCGUUCACUGCGUCCAGUCUGCCUCGUCCUCACUCCCCGCGCGCGACAGGAUGAACGCAUCCUGGAGGUUUGGACACUUUGGACCGCAGCGCGCAGUGGAAAGCGGGAUUUAGUGGAGAAGUGGGCUUUCGCAGCGGCGGUGCCCGAGCCGUGGACUCUCGCUGUCAAGUCGUGAGGGGGAUUUCUGACUUUUUUUUUCCACUGUCGCCAAACGGCUCACCGAAGCGCGAGGACGUACGGAUUUUAAAGUAGUUUUGUGGGUUUUUUGUGAAGUUUAAAGGAGAGCAGAGGCUGUUUUUCUUCUUUUGAAUGCUUGGUGACUUCUGAAAGGCUGAUAUUUACAGUCAAAACGGGAUACUUUGGGUCGGCGGCGGGGAGCUGGUGGAUAGUUUCUUGCGGCGUCGGAGGCCGCCCUUCUGCUGGACAGCAUGCGAACGGAGGAUGUCGUCUGAGUCGGAGUCGGGCCUCGCUGCUCUGCGUCUCGCCUCGUCGUCCAGAGGGAUGACGGCGCUGUGGUGCUCACUCUGGCUUUCCUUCCUCCUGCCUCUCUGCGUCGCUCCGGCCAGGCUGCCCACUGCUCAGCCCACAGACUCUGUGUCCAGCGAGACAGCUUUCCUGGAGGAUGUUCUGGUCAUGGGGGAGACCCUGGAAAUCUCAUGUGACAUGGAAGACCACUCGGAGCCCGUCGUCUGGUUCAAAGACGGCGCCGGGCUGGUGCCUGGCAACCGGACGCGGCUGGGCCAGAGGAUGUUGCGCAUCAUCAACGUGUCGUACGAGGACUCGGGCGUCUACUCAUGCCGGCUCGCCCACAGCAAGAAGCUGCUCAGCAACUACACCAUCCGGGUGACAGAUUCUCCGUCGUCUGGUGAUGAUGAAGAUUAUGACGAAGAUCCAGAAGAUGCAGGUAAUGCAAAUGAAGCUCCAUACUGGACGAGGCCCGACCGGAUGGACAAGAAGCUCUUGGCUGUUCCAGCCGCCAACACUGUCAAGUUCCGCUGUGCCGCAGCCGGAAACCCAACUCCAACCAUCCACUGGCUGAAGAACGGCAAAGAGUUCAAGGGAGAACAGAGGAUGGGAGGCAUCAAGCUGAGACACCAGCAGUGGAGCCUGGUGAUGGAGAGCGCCGUGCCGUCCGACCGGGGGAACUACACCUGCGUGGUGCAGAACAAGUACGGCGCCAUCACCCACACCUACCAGCUGGAUGUUCUCGAGCGUUCCCCUCACAGGCCCAUCCUCCAGGCGGGCCUGCCAGCCAAUCAGACGGUGGUGGUGGGCAGCGACGUGGAGUUCCACUGUAAGGUUUACAGCGACGCCCAGCCGCACAUUCAGUGGCUGAAGCACAUCGAGGUCAACGGCAGCCGCUACGGCCCCGACGGCAUUCCCUACGUCAACAUCCUGAAGACGGCUGGUAUUAACACUACAGAUAAGGAGCUAGAGGUUCUCUUCUUGACCAAUGUGUCUUUUGAGGAUGCGGGCGAGUACACUUGCCUGGCAGGGAACUCUAUCGGCUAUGCUUACCACUCUGCCUGGCUGACGGUGCUUCCAGCAGUGAGCCCGGAGAAGGAGGACUACUACGCCGACAUCCUCAUCUACGUGACGGGCUGCGUGCUCUUCAUCCUCGCCGUGGUCAUCGUCGUGCUUUGCCGCAUGAGGAUGACCACGCAGAAGACGCUGCCCACGCCGCCCGUGCAAAAGCUGUCGAAGUUCCCCCUCAAGAGACAGCAGGUGUCCUUGGAUUCCAACUCCUCCAUGAACUCCAACACGCCAUUGGUCCGGAUCGCCCGCCUGUCAUCCAGCGACGGGCCAAUGCUCGCCAACGUCUCCGAGCUGGAGCUGCCCUCAGACCCCAAAUGGGAGUUUCCUCGAACACGGCUCACUCUGGGUAAACCUCUGGGCGAGGGCUGCUUCGGUCAGGUGGUGAUGGCCGAGGCCGUCGGCAUCGAUAAGGAGAAGCCCAACAAGCCGCUCACCGUAGCUGUCAAAAUGUUAAAAGACGACGCCACAGAUAAAGAUUUGUCAGACCUGGUGUCGGAGAUGGAGAUGAUGAAGAUGAUCGGGAAACACAAAAACAUCAUCAACCUGCUCGGAGCGUGCACACAGGACGGUCCUCUGUACGUCCUGGUGGAAUACGCCUCUAAAGGCAACCUGAGGGAGUACCUGCGGGCGCGGCGGCCGCCGGGCAUGGACUACUCCUUCGACACCUGUAAAAUCCCCGACGAGCAGCUCACCUUCAAAGACCUGGUGUCCUGCGCCUACCAGGUCGCCCGAGGCAUGGAGUACCUCGCCUCGCAGAAGUGCAUCCACAGAGACUUGGCAGCCAGGAACGUCCUUGUGACGGAGGACAACGUUAUGAAGAUCGCCGACUUCGGUCUCGCCAGAGACGUGCACAAUAUAGACUACUACAAAAAGACCACGAACGGUCGUCUGCCCGUGAAAUGGAUGGCUCCGGAGGCUCUGUUCGACCGGGUCUACACGCACCAGAGCGACGUGUGGUCUUAUGGGGUGUUGUUGUGGGAGAUCUUCACUCUGGGAGGCUCGCCGUACCCAGGAAUCCCAGUAGAGGAACUCUUUAAGCUGCUGAAGGAAGGACAUCGGAUGGACAAACCUGCCAACUGCACCCAUGAACUGUACAUGAUCAUGAGGGAGUGCUGGCACGCCGUGCCGUCGCAGAGACCGACCUUCAGACAGCUGGUGGAAGAUCACGACCGGGUUUUAUCGAUGACCUCCACCGAUGAGUACCUGGACCUGGCGGUGCCCUUCGAGCAGUACUCGCCCACCUGUCAGGACUCCAACAGCACCUGCUCCUCAGGAGACGACUCGGUUUUCGCCCACGACCCGCUGCCUGACGAGCCCUGUCUUCCCAAACAGCUCCCCAGUAACGGGGUGAUCAGGACAUAGAACCUGAGCUGGGGCCGGGAGGGGGUUGGACUUUAACCCCCUCUCGCAGUGUGUGACUAUCAAACACCUCUCGGCGCUCCUCAUGGAAAUGAAAACUCUGCAUGCAAUACUUCCACAGUGCUUCAGCUCUUCGAUUCGUCUUAAACUCUCGGUCGAAAACCCUCUUUGACUGACCCCCCCCCCCAAGAGACUCUUGAAACAUUGAAGGAUUAUUUUUUUGCCGUUGAACCAUGUUCGUGUUCUUCUUUUCAGAAAUGAAAUUAUAUUUUUGUACUCGGGCCAGUCUUUUGUUACGGACAAUCGGUGGAGUGAAACCAUUCCGUGCCUACUGGGAUAAAAACCUCCUGAGACUGAAAAAAAGACAAAAAGGAUAUAAGAGGAGGGAACAAACGGCAUUGGUCGGUGACUGGUUGGCGAUCCAGUAGGCGAGGAUCUCAGAUUUUUGUCCUCUCGUCUGCACGGAGCCGGAGAUCGUGAUAAAAGGUUGCGAUCGCAACGAAAAUCCGUUGACAAGAUACCAGCAAAGCCAGAAUCUACUCGAUGAUGGGACUCGUUCUUCCGAACACUCAAUAACUUGUCUCAGCUUCCGCAGAAGACGCUCACCAACAGAGAGGAUUACAUGAGCAUUUAAGUGUGUUUUCUCAUGAAUUUGUACGCCAUCGUCACGUUUAAGCAUCCCGAAAAAAAACGGUUUUGUGAUAAUCAUGGAACAAAUUCCUCAUCGGACGUGAGGCAAAGUUUCAGGGCCAUUCAGUAAUUAAUACAGUAAGCUUCGGAGUUUUUUUUAUGUAUCUAGAAAAUGAUUUAUUGUAAAUAUAUAAAUGCAAAUAUGUAUCAUAUUGCUGUCCACAGCCAUGUACCUAAACAACAAAAAAAGACGUUUUUUUAAAGUAUUGUUUUAGGAUGGAAGCAUUGCAAUCUAGAAGACACUGUCAUGAAAGUGUAAAUCAUUUAAUCAUUUAAAGUGAUACAGAAAAGGUUUAUUUGAAUAAUUAACAUGUAUAUUUGUAAAGAUAUUUAUAGACUUAACAUGUGGUUCUUAAGUACGAAAGGUCUAGUUUAGGAUUUUAGUACUGUACGCAAAGAUUUUUAUUUCGAUUUUUUUUUUUGUAACUUAUUUUACAACAGAACUGCGACGUUAUUUUUCACAACUGGCAGACUCCUCUGGUUUUUUGAUCCAUCUUUUCUUUUCUCGUUUACAGUUUUAGAAAAUAAGAAUGUAUGACAGACGCGAAGAUGAUUUUUGAGGGCGAGUACGAUUCGAGCACCAGAGGAGGACGUUUUCCACCGAGCUCAAAUUCUGGUUUGAAAAAGUUGACGUUUGCAAUGUCAAAGCAACGAUUAACUCUUGCUGGGCAAGAAAUAGCAGCGCUUCGAGAAAUGUACCAGAGAGGCCUUUUAGUAUAACUGAAGUACUUAAAGACAUACUGAACAUCAGCGACAACUAGCUGUGAAUCAUAAAAAGCCUUCAGAGACCCAAAUCCUCCACAUUCACUGUUUAGUCUGUAAAGUUCAGUAAAGUGAAGGAGGGAUUGGUGGCCUGUUUGCUACCUGGUGCACUACAUGUACAGAAAUUCACUCUCCAACAUUUUAUUUGUGUAAAAUAUAUCCAACGUAGUGCAUCCAAAAUCCCCACGAUGGAACAAAAGAUGUGCGUGGCAUGAACGCUGCUGUACCGCAAAUCCCACAAUGCAAUGCCUUUUACUCCUGAUUUGCAAACUGCUCCUGUUAGCAAAGAUGCUAUACGAUGAUCUGAAAGAAAACUGAACAGUCAGCUAGUGAACAAGAGCAAUGUCAGACUUUAGUGAUGAACUGCAGUUCCCAGAAUGCUUUUCAGCAGUUAUGGGGGAACACGCUUGAGCUUUGUUGCAGAAAAAUGUGAAAACACGCACGAGAGCUAGUGCUAGCAUGAGAUUUUGCGCCGCUUUCCCCAAGCGUGCUCUGCACUCAGCUGCAAUGCAUUUUGGGAUUUUGAGUCCAGUAACAGUACAUGCAGAAAUCGCUCUCUGUUCCUCAUUAACACUGGAUUUCUUCACGUAUGAUAGUUGAACGUCAGUGGCUCUACUGUAGAAAGACGGUCUCAAUCCUUGAUUCUGAUUCUUUAUAUACAAGAAUAAAUUAAAUAUACCAAAUUACUCAAUAAAUUCAAAGAAUGUCGCCAUUAUGUGGUGUGUCCGAACAGUGCUGAAGCAUUUCUAGGUGGAUUUUUUUUAAAGGUCUCUCUCUUAAGGCUUCAAACUCUAACAGAAAGGUCACAAGGCCAACGCUAACAAGCUGCAUGCAGCGUCAAAGUGCCCUUGAGCAAGACGUUCAGCACCUGUGUGCACACUCACGUGUAAAACCAUCAGCUUGAAGGCAAAAAAUGAAAAGCUGUUAUGUCCUUUUGUGCUUGAGUGUUACUAAAACUCCUGCCCAGACGCUUGAGGUUUUAUCGCUGCUCUAUAGUAUUAAUACUGAAAUGAAGGCUUGCUGUGCGACAGAUCGGCAGCAAAAAAGAAAAAGAAUAUAUACAGUAUAUAUAUCAGUUUGUUAAACUACACUCUGAAGUCUGUGGUGGAUCCUGCUUCAAGCUUAGUUUGCUAAAAAAAAAAAUUUAAAAAGUGCCAAAUUAGUCUUAAAAGUCUAUUUCACCGAGUUCUCAGAUCUCUGAACCAAAUACUGCACUGUCGAAUGUAGGCGGGCGGAGGUCACGCGUGCAGGGAAGGAUCACGGGAUCGCCAAAAUGGAUGUCUCCUCUUCCUUUUAUGCAGUCAUCUCUCCAGCUGACCCCAAAAAAAAGCGCAAGGGUUGAAAUGUUUACAGAGUCCGGUUUUAGCAAAGUCACAAAAGGGAAAGCGGCGUUCAAGUGGCAUCGAAGGGUUCAGACACAUGAUUCACUCGCUGCUAAAUGGAAACGGUGGUAACACGUUACUGUGCGACGGCCUUAUUCCAGUGUGUGAACUGAGUUUAUCUAGAGAGCUGCAUUUACCCAACAAGCCUGUGUCAGUACUUAAAGAAACCUCCCCAAUAUUUAAAGUACUUAAACGAGUGAAAAUUAGUAUUUAAUUCUGUUGCUACACUGGCAGAUUUUUGUGUUUUUGAGCACCAAACUAUUUACUUUUCCAUUGGUUUAUGCACAAAAACAAGGUCUUUGUAAAGUGAAACGUUAUACACAGUUGAUGUUAUUUCUGUUUUCAGUACAGUUUUGCAGUUUUGGCCCAAAUAAAGUGCCUGGUAAUAAUUUAGCGAACAAAAUGGAAAUGAUUUUGAUCAUGUUUUGAAUGUAUAAUUGCAAAAAAAAACCCAUGAAAAUAAAAAGCAGUUCUCAGUAGAAGCAGGCUAUGUACAUAUUAGCCAGAUUUUUUUUUUUUUUUUUUCAAGUGAACAAGACGGACAAAAAGGCACUUGUGUAAAGGUUGGAUGGAUCUAAUGAAACGGAUGCUGUUUUGUUUUAUUUAUUCUUCCAUGCUGGGUAAAAGCUUUCCCUAUGGUGAGAGUAUUUUUAUUCAUAGCUACCUGCUUUUCAGUGUUGUUUUUCAUUAAAGAGCCAGAAGAUGAUGAUGUAGAGUAGUCAUUUUACCAGAUACUGAUGCCCCAUCAUGCCUUGCUCCUGGCUUAAUUCAUCCUUUGUUUUAUUUGGAUGUCCUCCCUGACCUUCUUCUGGAUCCAUGUUGAGCUUUUUAGUCUGAUGCUGACUAACAGAGAGUCUCAGUCUCUCCGUUAGAUCACUUUUAAAAAGAAUGUGUUGUUUUUAACACGUGUCUUGUUUAUGGUGACAAACGAGUAAAAAUAUGCCCCUGAUCAGCACACUGGGCAGUAGUAGCACACAUGAGGCAAUUAAGGUACUUAAAAACCAAUUUGCAUGAAAGUAGUUCACAGUAGCAGUCAAAUCUGAACACAGAUGUAAUACACAUAUAUUUAAACAUCCAUGAAUGCAGAACUUGCCUGAGAAUCACCACAUUUUUAAGUUUUCUUCAGUAUCAAAGUAACACUGUGGCAGUUUUCUGUACAUCCACGGGUGCACUGCAGACAAGAACUGUCAAUAGCUAAUUCAGCUUACUUUUAAUUGUGCCAAAAUGUAAAGAAAUAAUAAUUAAAUGCUUCUAGCUUCAAGAGCAUCUCCUGUGGCAACUGUUGACUUGACAUUUGAGCCGGCGUUGCUAAGAGACGCUCUGUCAGUUGCUGUGGUGAGCUCGCCCUGAUAGCAUUGUUUAACACACAGCUAGUGAUCUGUCGCUGUGCAACAUGAAAGAUUUGUUGUUAAGUAUGUUUUUCCACUCACAAAGUGGAAGCUAAUUAGCCUAGCUUGCUAACAUUAGCACUGAAUCCCAGUCAAAUUUACUAACAUUAGAGAUAAAUGCAUCAAAUGUGACAGUUUUAAUAAUGCUUAUGUUGAAUUAUGAUGCAGCUCAACCGAUAUUAAAAAAUAUAAAUCUUUGGAGAGAUUUAGUGUCACAUGACAGUCAGUUUCAGAUGCUUUUUGUUUUUUUCAGGAGUAACACUGAAUACUAAUUUCGAACUUAUUUGCAUCAGCAGCUGUAAAGCAGAAGCAUCAGUGCCAGCCUUGACAACCUGAAACAGAUGUGUGUUGCUCAACAGACAGAUGUUAAAAACAACAGAUCUCUUUAAGGGCGAGCCGCUGAAUGAAUAAACACCACGGCCUCAGCAGGGAGGGACUCUCACUGUAUGUACAGCCACACAUCGGCCUUUAACCGCCUCUCGUCUCCACUCUGACUGACUUAUUUAUUGCCUUUUCCAUUCAACACAAAGAAAAUCCGGAUUGAAGAUGAAACCGGGAGGAGAGGGCGGUCACUCGGCCUCCUGCGGCGCCUGAGCUAAACGCCUUUCCUUCCAGAGGUUUAACACUACACGAUCCACACGUUUCUGUUCAUCAGAUUUGAUUUUCCAGGCCGGGAAGGGUUGUUUUCACACAGUUCUUCAUCCCGCUUUCACUUCAUCACGCAGUCCUGACCCGACAAUGUUAGUCCAUAUUAAUUUAUAGUUUGAAAAUACGCCGAUGUACAUGCGUAGAGUUUUAUGUGUAGCUGUGUGAGCUGUUUUGUAAAAAUCUUAGAGAGGAAACGAUUUUCACACGCAGUUUAUUUCCUUCCUGUUGUGUCAUGUUUCAUUUUUGCAUUCCGCGUCAGCAGCGGCGAGACAAAAAUCAUGUUUGUCGUUUGUUUUUUCGGCCCCACAUAAUUUAUUUUUCCUCCCUCUGUAUUCAUGUGUCUAACAUAGAAAGGCGGAACUAACCAUUGGGCAUUAUGUGAUUUUAUUUUGAAUUCACAGCUUGUUUGUUGCAUUGUACCUGUUUUGAUCAUGAUGAAUCCGCUGUAACAUUCCACCACAACAACCCCUCUGGGCAAACAUCUCCCACUGGGAAAAAACAACUAUUUCACAACCCUCUCUCUCUCUCUCUCUCUCUCUCCCUCCGUCUUUCUCUCUGUGCCUGACAAACUAUGCUGUCAAAAAAAGGUUUUCAAUAAACAUG